CUGUGCGCGCGGUGGCUGAAAAACCAGGGCAACGAAACUCUAAAACUUCUUCCUGAAGAUCAUUUGGUUUUAACGACGCAGUGAUGCCGGACAGACCACGGCAAUCUGUGGCGUGUUUUCCCGGAAUGAAGUCAUAAUUACUCUGCCUACACCAGCGCGAGAGAAGGGGAAGGAGAGUGCUGGACGUUUUGAAUGGGUUUGGACGCGUGCGUGCGCUCUGGGUUUUGCUCGGAUGGGAUGCACGGUGAGCUUCAUCUGCUGUGAAGAGGACUUUCUGCAAAUGCCUGUUUACCAACAUGAGGAUGAGAAGAAAGGGAUAGUGAAAAAGCCAGAGGAGUUGGAGGUUCUUCAUUCCCAUACGUUCCGGGUGAAGACUUUCAAGAAGGCCAAGCACUGCAGUGUGUGUAAACAGAGCAUCAUCCAAGACGGACUCAUCUGCCGAGUGUGCCGAAUAGCUUGCCACAAGAAAUGUGAAGUCAAGGUGUCUUCAUCUUGUGUUCCAGCAACAAACUAUGAGCUGGCACCAAGCAGUGACCACCCUCUCAAACAUGUAGACACCAUGGGCUCUACAAAAUCCUCAAAGAGCAUGGAGUCACGGCGCAGACCUUCAAGGAGUGCAAGUCUGCUGCAGGCCCUGGAGGAGAGCUACGAGCUGGACUUGAUCUACAUCACAGAGAGGAUCAUCUCCGUGUCCUUCCCCAGCAGUGUGGAGGAACAGAGCUAUGCUGCCAACCUGAGGGAGGUCGCCUCCAUGCUGCUCUCCAAACAUGCCCACAACUACCUGCUCUUCAACCUCAGUGAGAAGCGUUAUGACAUUAGCCAACUCAACCCAAAGGUAUUGGACUUCGGUUGGCCUGACCACCAUGCUCCUGCCCUGGACAAGAUCUGCAGCAUCUGCAAAGCAAUGGACACGUGGCUGAAUGCAGAUAGCCACAACGUGGUGGUGAUACACAACAAGGGCAACCGGGGCAGAACUGGAGUGGUGGUGGCGGCUUACAUGCAUUACAGCAACAUUUCUGCCAGUGCUGACCAGGCUCUGGACAGGUUUGCAAUGAAGCGUUUCUAUGAGGACAAAGUGCUUCCUGUGGGGCAGCCAUCCCAGAAAAGGUAUGUGGAGUAUUUCAGUGGCUUGCUGUCCGGACACAUAAAGAUCAAUAACAAACCCCUGUUCCUUCAUCACGUCAUCAUGCAUGGCAUCCCUAACUUUGAGUCCAAGGGAGGUUGUCGGCCAUUUCUCAAAAUCUACCAGGCCAUGCAGCCCGUUUACACAUCUGGGAUCUAUAAUGUUCAAGGUGACAGUCAGACGAGCAUUUGCAUCACCAUCGAACCUGGUCUUCUUCUGAAAGGGGACAUCCUGCUCAAGUGUUACCACAAACGCUACCGCAGCCCGUGCAGAGAUGUGAUAUUCCGGGUUCAGUUUCACACCUGCGCUGUCCACGACCUGGGGGUUGUGUUUGGGAAAGAUGAGCUUGAUGAGACAUUCAAAGAUGACAGGUUUCCAGAAUAUGGGAAAGUUGAAUUUAUUUUCUCCUUCGGACCAGAGAAGAUUCAUGAUAUGGACCACCUGGAGAACGGGCCGAGCGUCUCGGUCGACUACAACACACAGGAUCCCCUGAUUCGCUGGGACUCUUACGAAAACUUCAAUCAAAACUGCGAGGAUGCCACAGAUGAAGUCAUCCAUACCGAAGGACCCCUGGACGGCAGUCUCUAUGCUAAAGUUCGCAAAAAGGAGUCUGUUGAAGGAACUGUUACAUCCAACGGCCUCCCCCCUACUGCUGUUGAGCAUGCUCUGCCUGCGGUGGACCAUGCCUUGUCUGUGAGUAGCGACUCAGGAAACUCUACAGCGUCCAUUAAAACUGACCGAACUGAUGAAGCAACAUCAGCCCCUCAGGCUCCAACGGUGAGCCAGACACACAUUCCUGUGGGUGAGGAGUUACCCUCGGUCCAUCAUCACGCCCCACCUGCCCAAAAACCAAUAAGUCCCCAGGAAAAAAAGGAGCUUGAACAACUACUGAGUGGCUUGGAGGGGCCCAUGCACCAGCAGGCCUACCUGUCCACUCCUACCCCGACAGCUGGAGGGAUGCUUCACCUGGUGCCUGCACAGGUCCACGUCAAUGGGCACAGUGGCAUUGACCGUGAAACUGACAUUUUAGAUGAUGAGCUGCCUACCAGUCAAGAGGGGAACAGCGUGGACAGUCUUGGGACGUUCUCUUCCACCGAUGGUCGGGCAACACCAGCUGAUCUCUAUUAUCAGCCUGAGCCACUCAUCAACGGGCAGGAACAUGUGCCGUACCUGGAGCGAAGCAUCCCAGAAAAGCCUCUGGAAACCAUCCAGUCGCAGGUUGGCAGAUCUGAUAAAACUGCUGCUUUGAACCAAAAUGAUUCAACCCUGUCCUCGGGUAAUUACACAGCUACACAAAACGGCAGCCUGUAUCGCUCUCGGUCAUUUGGUUCAGAGACAAAGUCCAUGCCACAGGCUCCCACCCGCACCACUAGUAGCCGGGAUGCCGUCCAACGUGGUCUCAAUGUUUGGCAGCGGUUUGGAGUACCUGAGGAGCCAGUAACUGAAGGCCUCACUUUCAGUCCACCUCCAUCUGUUGCCAUGUCCAGCCACCACAGCCUGCCGCAGUUCCCUCAUCGCCAUAGUGCCUCCCAGCAAGAGAUCGAGGAAUCUAUUGAAACCCUAAAUCUCCUCAUGAUGGACUUGGAACCAGGCUGUUCACUUGUACCAAAGGCCCAAACUACUCUGGUGAGGGACAGCAGCACUGUAGUGACCACCCAGCCGUCCUUCUCUCAGAGCCAAACCAAGCCCUCCUACCAGGCCGACGCUGCCAUUCACACCCACAUUUCUGGCUCCGUGUCCAGCAUGGGCAGCAUCUCACCAACAGCUCAGAUGUCCCCUGGGAAGCCCAGCACACCAGAGCCUACACCUGUCCAUGGAUCUCUAAGUUACUCCUUAGAAUCAGCCAGACCCAGUGGUUCCUCAAAAGUUUCCCCUCCUGUAAGUGGCCACCUUCAGCUUAAACCCAUCGGCACAUUUCCACCAAGUAUGCAGGUCCGUUCGUCAGAGCCCUCUGAGCCUCAGAGAAGCCUGAGUUCUGCUUCCACAUCACCCCAGCCAAGAGACAGUGAGCCUGACGAAGUCUUCAACGUUGAAGGUCUGGUGGCCCAAAGAGUAGCUGAGUACUCGGCUCGUGUCCAAAGCGUCAUCCCCAGCAUGACCUCUUCUCAGUCUGAGCACCGCCGUUCUCGCUCCCUCUCUGGUGUCCAGGCUAGAGCGGCGUCCCUGGACGAGCCUACGACUCUUCCCCGCCGCCGCAUCACCAGCGAGGGAAAUUCAGAUGACAGUCCGUCUUCUGACGUCCUGGUUCGUUCCCCCAUCCGGUGUGUUUCUCCAGAGUUUGUCAACGCCAUAGCAAUGAAUCCCGGAGGACGGCCCAAGGAGAGAAAUAUGCACAGCUACCGGGAAGCCUUUGAGGAGAUGGAAGGAGGCCCCAUCAGUCCUACACCCACAGCUGGUGGUGAGGUGUUUCCCCAAACCCCUGCAUUCCCCAUCUCACCGCAAACCCCUUACUUCAACCUGUGUCGAUCUCCCCCUGGUCUUGCUAAAACUCCGCUGUCAGCCCUGGGACUGAAGCCCCACAACCCCGCAGAGAUCCUCCUGAAUCAAACAGGCUCAGAUGAUGAAAGCAGCGAUGGUGUGGAAGCACCAAGAAGCUAUGUGGAGUCUGUGGCGAGGUCGGCGGUGGCCACUGGAGAGCCACCACCUCGAAGCCUUAGCCCUCUGGGAGACACAAAGGGUCAGCAAAGAAGUCCAAGUCCCAGUACCCAUACACUGAACCAACCUCUGUCCAGCAGCAGUCCCAUCCAAAGCUCACUGGGUGAUCACCUCUUAGCAGACAGCAGUGUUAGCACUCCAUCCCAACCAACUACUGAUUCUGGGUUCCGCUCCCAGGCUACAGAGAGUACCUACCCCACUCCCACCCCAUCAUAUCAAGCCCUGAACACUCCCACUUCUUCUUACCUGGAUUCUAGCUCUCCAACCCCCUCCUACCUUGGCACUACUACCCCCACGCUGUCCUACCUUGGUCCCAACAGCCUCCUUGGGGGCUAUCCGGCCUCAGAGCACAGCCCACCGCUCUCAGAACCUUCUAAGACCACACUUGGCCAUGGAAGUCUCCAUGCCCAUUACCAGCCCAACAUCCUUAGCUCCAUCCACAAUCCUGCCCUGCAGCAGCAGUUUAACGCUAAGCACGAUGGGUUGGUCCAGCCGGUUCAGAAAUCCCCAGCCAAUGGCUUUGAGGUUGGCAUGACAGGUCUUAGCGGCAGCCCGGUUCUCAGUCGUCGUCUGUCUCAUGGAGCACAGAACAGCCCAGUCCUUAGCAGACAGGCCUCUUUAGGACAGGGGUCUCAUCAGAGCCCGGUCCUCAGCAGGCAGCCGUCCUUGGGUCAGCCCAUUCAGAGCAGCCCUGUGCUCAGCCGACAGCCAUCCAUCACACACCCACAAGGAAGUCCAGUUCUGGGCCGUCACCCAUCUGUUUCACAGAUGUCCCAGAGAAGCCCUAGUUUAGACCGUCACCCCAUGCACAGUGGCUACACCACACCAGAUGAAAGACAUGGGAACCUGUCAAGACAGAGCAGCUCCUCAGGCUACCAGGGACCACCUACUCCCUCCUUCCCCAUCUCACCCGCAGGCUACCAGGAUGGAGGGGUGAUGGGCGGAGGCUUUAGGCAGGGUAGCCCAGCCCCUGGUUUCCAGCCCCAGCUCCCAGAGAAGAGGCGCAUGUCAAGUGGAGAUAGGCCAAAUGGAGCCCUGUCUUACAGCACGCUGAAUGGGAAGAUAAUGUCCCCAAUGAGCGGAGGAGGCACUCCAGGCUACUUUCACACCCUCUCUGACUUCUCAAGGUUCAAUAUGCCUGAUGGAAGCCCAGAGAGCAGGUUAAAUGUUAAGUUUGUUCAAGACACGUCCAAAUUCUGGUACAAGCCAGACAUCUCCAGGGAGCAAGCUAUCAGCUUGCUGAGAGAGAGGGAGCCUGGAGCCUUUGUUAUCCGGGACAGUCACUCAUUCAGAGGGGCUUACGGUUUAGCUAUGAAGGUGGCUUCUCCUCCUCCAUCUGUGCAUCAGAGCAAAAAAGGUGAUGUCACCAACGAGCUGGUGAGGCACUUCCUGAUAGAGAGCAGCCCUAAAGGGGUGAAACUGAAAGGUUGUCCCAACGAGCCAUACUUCGGUUGUCUAUCUGCUCUGGUCUACCAACAUGCCAUCACACCAUUGGCCCUCCCCUGCAAACUCCUCAUCCCCACCACAGAUCUCAUAGAGGAAGCGCCUGAGGUCACGCCAACAAAUCCACUGGCUGAAAGGCUGAAACAAGGAGCAGUGCAGAGGGCCCCUGCUGAUUCUCAGGCAUGCAACGUUCUCUACAUCAACUCAGUGGAGAUGGAGUCCCUGACGGGCCCUCAGGCUGUUGCCAAGGCCAUAUCUGAGACGCUGGCUGCUGCUUCUCCACCUUCUGCCACCGUCGUGCACUUCAAGGUGUCCUCGCAGGGCAUCACGCUCACUGACAACCAGAGGAAGUUGUUCUUCCGACGCCACUACCCCACCAACGCUGUCACGUUCUGCGAUAUUGACCCUCAGGACAGAAAAUGGAGCAAACCUGAGGGAGGCACAGCCAAGCUCUUCGGUUUUGUGGCUCGUAAGCAGGGAAGCACAACAGACAAUGUCAGCCACCUCUUCGCCGAGCUGGACCCAGACCAGCCUGCCAGCGCCAUCGUCAACUUCGUCUCAAAGAUGAUCGCUUCGCAGAAACGAUGAGAGCUGUCAACAAAAAAAAAAAAAAAAGAAAAGAAAAGAACCCUGUGCUUUUUUUCUUUUUAAAGCCUUCGGUUCUUUUUCUUUCUCCUGUUAACCACAGACACUUCUCUGUCUGACAGUUUUACGUGUCACCUUAUUUCUUCCUGCUCUGUCACAAAUAAGCAGACAUGUGUGUGAAUGUGUGUUUGUGUGUUUUCUGCUUUUAUUCUUGGACGGGCUUCAGAACGGACCAGAGGAAGUGCAGGAGGGGGGCAAGGCUGUGUGUGACGGUGGGACUGGGGAGGAGGGGUUGAUUUCAAUCUCCCUGGAGGGAUAACUCAAGAACAGGAAGAGGGAAACGACAUUGUGCAAAUGUUAUUUUUUUAAAGUUGUUUAGUUUUUAUGUUUUUUUAAAAGAAGAAGUCAAGUAGAGUGAUUUAAAGGUGGAGUGUAAAUCUAUCAGGCUUUGACUGGUCAACCAAAGAUUUUAAAAAAGUAGUCAGGGUGUGUAUGGUGUGUCGCUGUGGAAGGGUCAGAAUUAUUCUUUUGUUUAAAACAAAUAUGGCUGCUUAAUCAAAAAAUACUGUCUCUUUCUGUAUGUAUUGAUACUGUAGGUCAACACCAUCGCCGUCUUGCAAAAAGCGUCUUCAGACACACGUGCAGCCGGUGAGGUCUGUAAAUACUCUAGUUUGCUCUUUUAUUUGAGUAGGACUGUUCUAGAUGACAAUUGGUGCCUGACUUUCUUUCAUAAAUGCAAAGCUUUUUAAGAAAAGGAAAAAAAAGAAAAGAAAAAGAAACACAGAAGACAUAUCUAAGCUUUCUUAAAUAUGCAAACAGCCAAACUCAAAAAUAAGCUCCUCCCCCGUUUGGCCUUGGAGCGUUUAGCCAAACUGAUGUAGUCGACUCUUCAGCAGCAUCGCUGUGACCAUGGAGAUGGCCACGGAGUCACUGCAUCCACACGAAGUCAGAGCAGAUGAGUCAUGUCAUAAUGAGUUUUUUUACAGUGGAUUUUAUCCCACUUUUCUUCAGUUUCCACAUGUAGAAAGAAGCUUGUUGCAUCAGUCAGCCAAAACUGUAACACUCACCCUACACAAAACUAAGCUAUACAUGAGUAUACAUACAUAGAUAUAUAUAUAGAUAUAUAUAUAUAUAUAUAAACUUCCAGUGAGUUAAGAUAUUUAUUUUUUUGCUUUGUUGCUCCAUGUUAUCUUACAUGUAUUGUAACGUAUACAUCAAGAUUACUGAAAGCAAGGACAGCUUUUAUGUUGGCUUAGGUUCGUUGGCAUAUCUAAGGUGUAAAGUGUGUGCAUUUAAAAGUGUAUGACUGUUGUUUUUUUGAAUGUUCAUUUUUUUUCACAGCAUUAAUUUCUUUUGUUAACGUUCUUGUUUAUGAUGGGAGGUGGGGGAGGGGGAUAUUUUGUAUGAGAGAUUGCUUCUUAAGUCCAAAUUGGAGUUGAUCUAAAAUUAUGCCAAACACCAUUGUUUUAUUUACUUAAACCUGCCAGGAAAUAUCCACAUUUAGCACUUAAAUGUUGAAGUAUUCUCGGUGUGUUUUCAGCCCGUUUUUUGUUGUUGCAUGUGUGGAAACAGAGAUGGUAGUCUUCCACGUGGGUUCAACGAGACGCCAGCGCCCUCAUGUGGUGCAGAAAGAUCACUACAAAGAAAUCUCUAAUUCUAAUGCAGUGUUUUAGCUGUGUUUGGAGUUAAAAAUCAUUUGCUCCUUUGACAAAUAAGUAUUGCUAUUUGACUUUAAGUCUAAUUUGAGAAAUGAGCAGAGACAAUUACAUCACUCCUCUUUGAUCCUGAUGCUCAUGACCUGGUUGGCAGCAUGAUGUAAAAUAAAUAAAUGUUAUUUCAGGGCCUACAAUGACUUUAAAAAGAAGAAGACAAAAAGAAAAGUAAAAUACAGCACUUACAGGCUUUUAUAUCUUAAUAAUAAGAUCAAUUAUUUAUCAGAGUGGGCUUGCAUGCUCGAGGUAAACUGUAACCAAAACGCUGCUGACUAAACUGUACACAGCAUCCUCAAGUCUUCACUCCAGGCUUUUGCAGAAAGAUGCCAACAGGUAGUCACCAGGUUUGGAUUCUAAUGUGUCUUGACUCAGCCUUUAAAAAAAAAAACAAACAAACAAAAAAACAAACAAAAAAAACAAAAAACAAAAAAAAACAAACUUGUUUUGCUUACAGAAAGUUUGUCGAAGUGAAAUGACUUCCUCAGCUUUCAGCUGAAUGUUUCUCAUCUGAUGGAAACUGCAGUGCCAUCGGCCCACGUCGACAGAUCAGUCUGGACUGUAGAAUGUGUAUGAAUGAGCUACUAUGCCUGUAAAGAGCUUUGUCAUGUUUUAGUUUGCUACAUUGUAUGGCUUUUACUAUUUCUGAUGAAAGAAAAAAAACACAUUAAAAAGCAGUACAAAUCA